AGUAUGUUGAGCCCAAUUACUUAUAGCUAUCGAGAGGUAUAUAAUUCGUUGCUGCUCAAGCAACCUAAAUGGGAGGCGAUCUGAAGAAGCUCCACGUGAUCUUAUCGAUAACAGAUCCGGUCUAAGCCGCCAACAAGCAAGAAGGUCACGCCCCAGAAACUUUCGAAUGUUGUAGCUGCAUCCACCCGCAUUCUCCACGGUUCGACGUCGUUUCUGUCAGCCUCAACCCUCCUUGUCCAUUUCCUCAAGUACCCAAGGCCUGACCUCGACAGGACUUUCUUUUGUCGCGGCCGGCCAAGAUGUCGGCCAUCUACAACCUUGAGCCGCAACCGACGGCGUCCGUCAUCCUUCACACCACCCUAGGUGACAUCUCCGUCGAACUGUUCGCGAAGCAAACGCCUCUCACCUGCCGCAACUUCCUUCAACUGGCACUCGACGGCUACUACGACAACACCAUCUUUCACAGACUUGUACCGGGCUUCAUCUUGCAGGGCGGCGACCCGACAGGAACCGGCAAUGGCGGCGAGUCGAUCUACGACGGAGGCGCGUUCGGCGGCGAGCUGGAUCCUUGGCCGAUGGACGAACGCCGUGGCCAUAACGCGGGCUCAACGGGCAUUGGCUUCAAGGACGAGUUCCACUCGCGAUUGAAGUGGAAUCGGCGUGGGCAACUGGGAAUGGCGAACGAGAGCAAACCCGAUACGAACGGCAGCCAGUUCUUUUUCACGCUCGACAAGGCCGACGAGCUGAACAACAAGAACACGCUGUUUGGGAGAGUGGCUGGCGACACGAUCUACAACCUGGCGAAGAUGGGCGAGGCCGAAGUCACCCCGGGCACCGACCGGCCGACGUACCCUGUCAAGAUCACGAGCAUCGAAAUUAUCGUCAACCCGUUCGACGAUAUGGUGAAGAGAUCGAGAGUUGCGGCCCAGGCCCCGAAGCCAGUCGUCGUCGAGAAGAAAAAGAAGAGGAAGGGCGGUAAGCAGCUGCUGAGCUUCGGAGACGACGAGGGUGACGGUGAGGAGAUGCCAGUCUUGAAGAAGAAAAAGUACGACACGAGAAUAGUGAUGGACGUCGACGAGGACGAGCCGGUUGAGAAAAAGCCGCCAAGGCCCAAGGCGAAAUCUAAGGCAGAGGUGGGCAAAAUCGAAGCCCCGAACCCCCCACGUCGAUCCGAAUCCGAGUCUGCCGAAGAGAAGAAGAUGGCACCAUCGAAGGAAGUGGCGCCACACGGGAGUAAGACCGACAUUCCUAUCCGGCUCCAAGACUCUCCCUCGCCCUCGCCCUCGCCCGAAAUCCGGAACACCAAGUCCGCUCUCGAAAAAACAAACGAAGAGAUUGCUGCACUCAAGGCCUCGAUGAAGCGGAGCUAUCAGCCCGAACCGGUCAAGGAGACGAAGAAGUCGGCACUUGAAAGCAUGAUUCCGGAAACAUCAAUUCGAGGCAGGAGGAGAAGGCCCGGCGGCAAAGCAAACACCAGCGACGAUCAACAGGCACUUGACUUUUUGAAGGCGUUCAAGUCAAAACUGGAGCAUGUUCCGGAGGAGAAAAGCAACGGACCUGGCUCCGUUGCCGAGGACGCCAUUGUCAGGGACAAAGCUGGGGACGAAGAGGCAGAACUCUGUGAUCUGCACUUUAUUGCCGAUUGCCAGAGUUGCAAGGCGUGGGACCAGGCUGCCAAGGAAGAUAGCGACGACGAAGGGUGGAUGUCACACGCGCUCAGCUUCAAAGCGGACAAGCUGGGCAAGGAUCUCAGUUAUCGCAAGAAGGCGGAGGAGGAGUUGGUUGUGAUUGAUCCUAGAGAAAAGGCGCGGACGCUACAGGAGGAGAAAAAGGCAUCGCGAGAGGCCCGGAGCGGAAACUCCGGGCGGGAAUGGGAUCAGGCACGAAACUCCAAGAUGGCGCGAGCUUCGGCUCUUGCGGGCAGAGGAGCCAGGUAGAGAGAAAGAGAGAGGGAGAGCAAUGGGUCAAUUGACAAGGAUGAAUGCGAGCCUGUAGGCAUGCGCAUAGCGGCAACAAGCCAAUGAUACCCCCUGAAACGGAUCGAAGAAUCGAAGAGUCGAAGAGGAUUUCCCCCUCAUAGAGUUUGAGGCCGCGUUAGUCAUUGGAAUCCCUUGAUGCUAUUCAGACAAUAUUGUAAUGGGGCCGUGCUGGACGGGCUGAGAUCGAAGAAUAAGCUUGUCAUCGGGGGGAAAUGACGUUGCGAGAAAGAAGCUCCCCACAGUCCCCACAUGCUUCAUCGAGAUGGCCCCGAGAGAGGACGGGUGUCACCGAGGAAGUAACGGCAGUGCGGCCGAAUCUAGACCCUUGUUUGAGUGUGCACCUAUAUUGUAGCU